UGCAGUGGAGUGAGCUGCGCUCGCAUUCCUCAGUGUGUUAAAAGACCCAGAGAAAAGAGCAAAGAAGAUGCUAUUUGAUCUGCACAUGCUCUGCUUCGUGCGUUUACUCAUCUGACACACUCAGACGAAAGGGAAAAGAAAAGAGAGCGUUAUGGGGUUUAUCUUAGGCAAAAGUUUCUCAGCGAUGUUGCGCCUUUUGACUCUGCUGCUCGUCGGAUUGUUUUCACACUCAGUCAGAGUCACUGGUAAGAGUUGGAAACAUCCCCUCGCUGUCGUUCACCAGGGAGGUUCGCCUCAUUGGGGGAGACAGGGCCGAUCUUUCCGGCCAACGCAGGCGACAGACCCGCUGAUUGUCCUGGCACGAGCUCCCAGCGUACAUCUGUCACAGGAGGAGAUCCAGAAGCUGCGCUUCAAACCCACCGUGGGCACAAUCCAGCGGUCAGAGGGGGCAGAGGUCAAAUUUAACUGCUCCAUCGACAUCAAUGACGUCAACCAGGACCUGAAUAUUCUGUGGUUUAGGAACGGUAAGGAGAUCCCUGAAGGCAUGCAGACGGAGGUCUACACUCAAGGGACGGUCACCCUGCUGUCCACUAUAAGAAUUAAAAGUGUCCAGAGAGCAGAUGCUGGAGAAUAUCACUGCAGGCUUAGUGUCAGUAACAAGAUCAUUGAGUCAAAUCCCAUCAUUAUAGAGGUGGAAGGCCUGCCGACCUUCACCAUACAGCCGAGUGACGUGAACGUCAAGAGAAACACUCCCUUCACACUGACCUGUGAGGCGGUCGGUCCUCCCAACCCUGUGACCAUUAAGUGGCUUCACAAAGGCAAGAGAUUUGCAGAACGCAACGAGUCUUCCAGCAGCAUCACCAUUGAAGGUGUUGAUGCGCCCACUCAGUACAGCUGUGAAGCUCACAAUGAGAAAGGCCUCACAGUAUCCAGAGAAGCUCACAUCAAUAUCAAAGAGCUUCCUGACAAAGUGUCAAAGGUCACAGUAGUAAAACGUGAGGCCAACAAACUCCUCAUAAGCUGGACGCCGGGACACGACGGCUUCUCUCCUCUCAGCACAUGCUACAUCACGGUGCGAGAGCUUUUGGAGCCAGGAAGCCCCACUGCCGCACACCCCACACACGUGCCUCCAUUCCAGUAUGAGAUCAGCAACCUCAAGGCCAUGACCUGGUACAACAUGAGCGUGUCCUGCACCAAUGAGAUCGGCCCGUCACCACCCAGCGCCUGGGUCCAGAGCAACACCACAGAGGGCGUUCCAUCAGAAGCUCCCCAAAACUUGACUGUUCACGUGAACAAUUCCAUGUUGAUGAUCCGAUGGGAAGCUCCACCCCCUGAUAAGUUGAAUGGAAUCUUGCAAGGAUAUGAUGUCACUAUUAAACACGGAACACGUACAAAUAAGAUUCACAGCAUCACCACAGAGGCCACGGUGACGCUGCAGGUGUUCAACACCACAUACAGUGUGGAGGUGGUGGCCUGCACUCAGAGCGGCUGUGGGACCAAAAUAUCUAGCAACAGUCUCUUUGUACUAGAUGCUGAAUCGCCCGAGUCUCCAUCCUCGACUCCGAUUCCCCGUCGUCCCGACUCCGCGUACAUCGUUCUUGGAGUUGUUUUCAGUUUCUGUCUGUUGAUGAUAGUGAUGUUCGUGGCCAUGUGGUUGCACAAUCGCUCUUACUUGCAGUGUUUGUUUGGACCUGAUGAUAAACUCACUCCAAGCGUUGAGUACAGACCUCAGAGAUCCUACAACCGCUCAGCCAUCGAAAUCACACUUGCCAGUCUGGGCAUUAGCAGUGAGCUUCAGGCCAAACUCCAGGACGUGAUGAUCAUGAGGAACCUGCUGUCCAUCGGUAAAGUCCUCGGAGAAGGUGAGUUUGGAUCCGUGAUGGAGGGGCAUCUCAGACAACCUGAUGGGACCUCGGAAAAAGUUGCAGUCAAGACCAUGAAAUUGGAUAACUUCUCCCAGAGAGAGAUUGAAGAGUUUCUGAAUGAAGCUGCUUGCAUGAAGGAUUUUGACCAUCCUAACGUCAUCAGGCUGUUGGGUGUUUGUUUAGAGGUUGUUUCAGGCCACUUUCCCAAACCGAUGGUUGUGCUUCCCUUCAUGAAGUAUGGAGACCUGCACAGCUUCCUCCUUCUCUCCCGUCUCAGUGAAGACCCUGUGUAUCUACCUACACAAAUGCUCCUGAAGUUCAUGAUUGACAUCGCUCUGGGAAUGGAGUAUCUCAGCGGCAGAAACUUCCUCCACCGGGACCUGGCAGCACGCAACUGCAUGUUGCGUGAUGAUAUGAGCGUGUGUGUCGCUGAUUUUGGCCUGUCAAAGAAAAUCUACAGUGGUGACUAUUACAGACAGGGCCGGAUAGCCAAGAUGCCUGUCAAAUGGAUCGCUUUGGAAAGCCUCGCUGACAGAGUCUUCACGGUGAAAAGUGAUGUGUGGGCCUUUGGAGUGACCAUGUGGGAAAUAGCCACUCGAGGAAUGACCCCGUACCCUGGCGUACAAAACCAUGAGAUUUACGAUUAUCUCCUCGAGGGAAACCGGCUGAAACAACCGAGCGACUGUCUGGAUGAGUUGUAUGACAUCAUGUUCAGCUGCUGGAGCACUGAUCCGGUGGACCGACCCGACUUCACACAGGUUAGGAAGAGGCUGGAGAGUCUGGCGGGGAAGCUUCCCGCGGUUUCCAGCAGAAGAGACAUCAUCUACAUCAACACCAGCUUCCCCGAGGAGGAAGAGGAGUUACCCGGCGUGGCGGCCGAGGGCCCUGUGCUCACAUCCUCACCCUCCUGCAGUCGCCAAACCACGGACACGUCAGUAGUGACGGUGGACGUUCACGAGAGCACAGACGCAGAGGACGACCGGUAUGUUGUCGUCAUUUCCUCCGGGGAUCAUGCGGCGAGAAGCGCAGUAGAUACGCCACUGUUGAAUCACAGACUGGACAGCGAAGAAACGGUCAGGGACGUGAUGGCGAUGCAGCAAACAUCGAGUGACACCACACGUUUGCUCUGAUGGGAAGUUGAAAUUGACUUUUUUGUGGUAUUCAACGGAAGUAUAUUUUGUCAGAAAACUGAAUUAAUAAUGAUUUUAUUCAAACAGGGUUUUUGAACACCCAUCUGCCAUUGUUGGCAACAGUGCCAAACACACACCGUUGGUUGAGUUAGAGGAACAGCUCACCCAAAAAAAUUUAAUUUACCCACCCUCAGGCCAUUCAAGAUGUAGAUGAGUUUUGU